AUGAAGGCAGCGUAUAUUGUACUGUGCAUCGCCGUUGGCACGAAUUAUUGCAAUGUUGGUGCAAGUAAGAAAGAGAAGUAUCCCAAAGGUGCUUUAGCGAAACUAGAAAAUAUGCCAUUCCACGCUGAUAUCUGGUUUAAUGGGGUAAAUAAGUGUGGUGCAACUAUCAUCGACCAAUCGUGGGUAUUGACUAGAGCUCGUUGCAUCAAAAAUGAAAAAAAAAUCGUGGUACGAACAGGUAGCAAAUACAAAUCUAUUGAUGGAACAAGACACAAAGUAGAAAAAGCGAUUAGACAUCCUAAUUAUAACAACAUAACCAACGACAAUGAUAUCGCUCUAAUCAAGCUGAAAAAGCCUAUGAAAAUCAAAAAGAUACAGAAGCCAAUAUCAAUCGCAAACCCGUCUGACAUUACGAAAAAAGGACAAAUAUUGAUAAUAACUGGCUUUAGAGAUGAUGAUUCGGAUCCAUCGAGCCCAUUGAAAUACUCUUUCGUAUCAGUAAUGAAUCGGGCAAACUGCAGAAAAGCUUUCAAAAGAACUCUGGUAUCAGACAACGUAUUUUGCGCUACUAAAGGUCAUAUCGAUGCUUGUACGGGCUAUUCCGGAGGUCCAGCUAUCAGUGUCGACAAGUUGUAUGGAAUCAUUUCUUCUAGUGACUCGUGUUCCCACAGUACUCCAGGUGUUUAUACUAGAGUUCAUAAGUAUUACGAUUGGAUUGUUAAUACCACGGGAUUGACAUUCUAA